AUGACUGGGCCGCUUCCGGCCUUUUUUCUUGAUUUUUUAUCAAGAAACAAUCUCUCUUCAGCGCCCUAUUUUCACGAGGUUCUUGCCAACAUUCCAAGAUCCUUUACCAUUAACUCGCUAUGCCAAGAUACAUGUGAGGAAUCGAUUUUGAAGCACUUUCCUGAUGCAAAGAAAUACCAUCUUUCCGACUCUUUGGCAUGGUUUGAGAUGGAUCCGUCCAUAAACAUAGGGUCCUCUCUUCCAUUUAAACAAGGGAAGAUUUUUAGCAUGGAUUUUCCGUCUAUUUUUGCGAUUUGGAUUUUGGAUAUCCAAGCACAUGACCAUGUCCUUGACAUGUGUUGUGCCCCGGGACUUAAACUUUCGUUGGCAGCCUCAAUUAUUGGGACAUCUGGAGUUGGAUCUGUUACUGGAAUCGAUAUUUCUGCACAUAGGCUACGAGAUGCCACUUCUUUGGUGAAAAAAAUCAAGGUCCCCAAGUGUCGGCUUUUCAAAGGCGAUUCCACGAACGUCCUUGCAGAAAAAAUUGGGAUCGCAAUUCCAGAAAAUCAACUUUGCAAACCAGAUAAUUUUAUUGCGAAAGAGUUCCACCUGCAAGUUAAGAAGCCAUUCUACUCGACUUCUCAGUAUCGGAAACGCAGAUGCUAUUACCAGGAGGUUCCAGCGUACGACAAAAUUAUUCUUGAUGCCCAAUGUACCCAUGACGGCUCCAUUAAGCAUGUGCUAAAAUCUCUGUCCCCAUGUGGAGCCAACACAAAUCCGCAGCCUUAUUGGACAGAUGUAAAUGAAACUAACACAAUUGAAACACAAAAAUCCUUGCUAAAGUCUGCAUUUUCCUUGUUGAGGGUAGGUGGAAUGCUUGUUUAUUGCACGUGCAGUCGUACACAGGCCCAGAAUGAAAAUGUGAUAAAAGAUUUUUUGGCUCAGGAAAAAUCGGCUUUCUUGUUGCCGGUCCCAUAUGUUUAUCAAUUAAAAGACCUUCAUCCCGUCCAUUUGGUUGAGAUUGUUGAGGGAGCCGCUUGCGCAAUCAGAUUUGAGCCCGAGUCUUCAAGAAGCAAUGGAUUUUUCAUUUGCCUUAUGUCGAAAAAUUAA